UAUCGGAUGGAGGGAAAGCAGCUCUACGUCUGAUGUGACUAGUGGUACCGUACUCUCUGCUGAGCAGCAUGUGGUCUCCGAAGACACUCACAACAUGUUGACGGGAUUCUUCACGGUACAUAAUACUGUUGCAGGACAAUCAUCUCCAACACAGAGGCAACAACGCAGAUUUUACAUGAGAGUGACAGGGAUGUAGACUACAACAGCAUUAAUAUAAUCACAUUACAUAGCCAUUAAACAUGAUAUGAAAUACAACAAAUAGAAGACCAAGAGCUACAAACAGGAUUGUUACUGCUCUGUUCUCCAUCAUCAUGGAGCCAGUUUGCACAAUGGGAACACAUCACGGCUGUGACGGUUACUACUACCCCUGACGCUUGAGAAGUCCCCACCAUGGAGACGGACAGCUACACCCCGACCCCAGCCCCGAGCGACUGGGCUGGGACGGUGGUAGGUGUGGGGGCCCUGGAGGAGGUCUCGGGGGGAAGUGUCUCCUCCAGCACAGCCUGGUACAUGCCCUACCCCCUGGGCUUCCAGGUGUCACUGACCGCCUUCCUCAUGCUAGAGCUGGUCCUAGGCUUCAGCAGCAACUUGAUCGUGCUGGUGCUCUACUGCUCUCAGUCCAACCUGGUCGACUCGGUCAGCAACAUGGUCACGGUCAACCUGCAUGUGCUGGACGUGAUGUUGUGUGUGCUUUGUCUGCCUCUGACCCUGGUGGUGGUGCUUCUGCCCCCAGGGCCCAACCUGGCCCUGCUCUGCUGCUUCCACGAGGCCUGUGUCACCUUCGCCUCCUUCGCCACCGCCAUCAACGUGCUGGUCAUCAGCGUGGACCGCUACGACAUCUCUGUCCGACCCGCCAACCGGUUGCUCACCCCGCAGAGGGCGGGGCUGCUGCUGGCUGCCGUCUGGGCCACGUCUCUGGCCGUCUUCUUCAUCCCCUUUCUGGAGGUGGAGUUUCUCACCGGAGGGGCGGAGAGUGGACAGCACAGCUCCACCUCCUCCCCCGACACCACCCUGGCACUAGUGUGGCGUAACCGGACGAUGCUUUGUGUGGGUGGACAGGGCUACCACACAGGCCUGGCCAUGUACUACCACCUGCUGCUGCAGGUGCCCAUCUUCUUUAUCACAGUGGCAGUCAUGCUGUUCACAUACUCACGGAUCCUGCGGGCCUUGAACAUUCGCAUCGGCUCCCAUAUUAAAAAGAGCCAGCGCUUCAGGGCACCUUCCUGCAGGGGGCACCGUAAGAGACAGAAGCAGAAGGCAGGGCGGGGAGUGAUAGAGGGAGGAGAGCAGUGUACAGACACAGCCAAGCACCUCUCUCACCCUCCACUCAUCCCAUCCCCCACAGCCACCUCCCCCCCAGCCCUGUCCUCAGCCCCUCUGGUUAGCUCAGAAGGCACUGUUGCUGCUGCUGCUGCCCCUGCACCUGCUGCCCCUGUCACCGGUCCCACUGUUCAGGCAUCUGUGUCGGCCAUCAUUGCCUUGCGGCGGGCCGUGAGGCGUCACCGGGACCGGCGGGAGCGCCAGCGGCGCGUCUUCAGGAUGUCCCUCCUCAUCGUCUCCACUUUCCUAGGUUGCUGGGCUCCACUGUCCGUGGCCAAUGUGCUGAUCCUGGGCCUGGGCCCCAGUGACACCCUGGUCAGCCUGCGCCUCUGGUUUCUGGCCCUGGCCUAUGGCACCACCAUCUCCCACCCACUGCUCUAUGCCUUCACCAGGCAGAAGGUGCGGCUUGCCCUCAGAGCCAAGGUGAAGAAGAGGGUGGUGUCACUACUGCAGGUGGACCCCUCGCCAGGAGAGACCGUCACACACAACUCCUGGGUGGAGCCAAGGAAGGGACGCCAGUUACAGCUGGAGGGCAGCGAAACCAUUGACCAUUGCCUGGUAGAGCCCUUGAAGAAUAGCACACACUAGCUGCACCAGGUGCAGGUGCACCAGGUGCAGGACCGAGUUUAGGAAACCCUGCUGUAUAUCACUGAGUGUAAACACUAAGAUGCUUAUGUACGUAACUUCUUUACAGUAGCCUAUAUGAGUGUCUGUUUGGCCAGCACAGGAUCAGAAUUCCACCCACUCAAGCAUUGGAAGGCAGCUUCUAAAAAAACAGAAAAACAUUGGCACCCAUAUAGAUACACAAAUACAUAUCCUGCUAAAUACAGAUGUAGGACCUUAAUUGAAGCCAGUUUGCUACAACAUGAAAAUAAUCCUGCAUCAACAGGAAAUGUGAAUUAUUAUGUGGAUUAUAAUUAAUGGACAUUUUUUGUAGGGUUUGAUAAAAUAAUUUGGGGGUAAAUCAAGUCUGACAUUUUAAAGUGGAAAUUAUAAAAUUUAGAAGCCUUUUUAAAACUUGAAUGCACAGCAAGGUUGCAUUUCUUGCUGAGCAGGAAAAUUCUCAGCAACAAAAGAGUGAUCAAAUGAAGAUCUUACAUCUGUAUUACCCAUGCCUUAACUAUUUUAAGAAUGGGUUUAAAGGUAUCAUUGAUUCUGAACAAGAAUAUGUAUAUAUCCUACUGAUAUAAUAUAAGAUGGAACUUUGUACAUAGUGUACACUAUCAUCUAUUCAUAUAUACAGUAACUUCAGAAAGUAUUCAGACCCCUUGACUUAUUCAAUAUUUUGUUGUGUUACAGACGGAAUUCAAAAUGGGUUGAAUAGAUUUUUUGGCUCACCCAUCUACACACAAUACCCCAUAAUGACAAAGAGAAAACAUGUUUUUAGAAAUGUUAGCAAAUGUAUUAAAAAAUAAGUAUUCACACCCCUGAGUCAAUACAUGCUAGAAUCCCCUUUAGGCACGAUUACAGCUGUCAUUCUUUCUGGGUAAGUCUCUAAUAGCUUCGCAUACCUGGAUUGUACAAUAUUUGCACAUUAUUAUUUAAAAA